UAGGCUGGAAAACAAGUGAGAAAGGGGCUCCCCGGAGGGACUGGUUCAGGCUGGGAGGCAGCAACAUUGGGAAAGCCCGAGGGAGGACACGGCCGGGCUGGUGGCCCGCGCAGGGAGCGCAGCGGCGCCUUCGCUGCAAUUCGCUGGGGCUGGAAGCGCAGCGGGCGGAGGCUGCACGGCCAGGCUCGGGGAGAGGACCCGCCGCCCCCCAGACCCCCAGCCCGCGGAGGCAGCUGCUCCCUGCCCCUCGCGGCCCGGCUCCCCACUCUCGGCCCCCUCCCUCCGCCCUCUCGCUGGCGUUCCCAGCAGCCCGGGGUUUCAGAUGUCCCACCGCCGCUUGACCCCCUCCCCCUGCCUCUCCACCCUGCAAAUGAGGUUUGACCAGCAGAGGCAGAGCCCCCCUCUGGCUCAGAAUCCCUGACAUUUCGACUCGGCUUCAACCUGUUUACAAGCCGGCUCUGCAGAGGAGGGGGGAGGGCCACGGGGCUCAACAAAACACCACCGCCGUCCCCCCGAACAAGAAGCGACUUUCUGCGGGCUUCCCAUCCACCGGCGCCGCCAAAAAGAGAAAGCGAGAGGGAGAAGCACCGGCGGCGAGGCGAGCGGGCGCCGGCCCCCAGCGCUGACACCCGGAGGCGCGCGCGGUGCUGCCGUCUAGGGGCUGGGCUCGGCGGACAGGGGCCCGAGGGCGCGUCCCCGGGCGGGCGCGCAGGCUCUCCCCAGCCUCCCCCCGGCCCCGUGGGUUUUGUUCACCGGCUGUCAUCUGUUUUUUUUAGACUGUUUUUUUUUUCCCCAUCUAACAUGGUGAAGCAAGGAGUGAAGAGGAGAACAAAGUAACUCCUGGGGGAGUGAAGGUCGCUGGGGACCAAGAGCACCCGCGCUACUGCGGCCACCCACGGCCACCCUUCCCCCGGGGACGGCAGGGGCGCACGGCGGCGGCGGAGCCCGAGGGGACCGGGACGGGGGCGAGGAGAGGCGGCGGCCCUUGCGAGGAGUUAUGGAUGGUGGUGCAUUCAGUUCUGGCCAGAUCCGCUCCCGGAGGAGGCAGCUAAGCGGCGGCCGUCACCUCCAGCUGUCUCCCUGCCUCGCACCGGGUCUCACCCUUCCAGCAUGUUCCUUCUGAUAAGCCCCUUCCCAGCGCCGCGAGUUCCAGUACAAUGUGGAAAUGGGAACUGACACAUGGUGCCUCCGCCUCGCCCCACCUGCCCGGCUGCUGCUGCUGCUGCUUCUUGCUGCUCUUCCUGGUGUCUUCCGUCCCCGCCACCUGCCAAGCCCUUGGGCAGGACAUGGUGCCACCAGAGGCCACCAACUCGUCUUCUUCGUCCUCCUCCUUCUCCUCCUCUUCCUCCUCCUCCUCCUCCUCCUCGUCCUCCUCCUUCUCCUCUCCUCCCAGUGCGGGGAGGCAUGUGCGGAGCUACAACCACCUCCAAGGCGAUGUCCGCUGGAGAAAGCUCUUCUCCUUCACCAAGUACUUUCUCAAGAUCGAGAAGAACGGGAAGGUCAGCGGGACCAAGAAGGAGAACUGCCCCUACAGUAUCCUGAAGAUAACUUCAGUUGAAAUCGGAGUUGUUGCAGUCAAAGCCAUUAACAGCAACUAUUAUUUAGCCAUGAACAAGAGGGGUAAACUCUAUGGCUCAAAAGAAUUUAACAAUGACUGUAAGCUGAAGGAGAGGAUAGAGGAAAAUGGAUACAACACCUAUGCAUCCUUCAACUGGCAGCACAAUGGGAGACAGAUGUACGUGGCCUUGAAUGGAAAAGGAGCUCCCAGGAGAGGACAGAAAACUCGAAGGAAAAACACCUCCGCUCAUUUCCUCCCAAUGGUGGUGCACUCAUAGAAGCAGCCAGGGCUUGUGGGUGCCGUGGAACCAAAGGCUCUUUGGCCAGGAAUAGUGGGUAUUCUUCACGAACACAGUAGCUCAAAGACGCAUGGCAGGCAUCUGCUUGCUUGAAAGAAAGGAAGUCUUUAAAGACUUUUGUACACACUGCUGAUGUCUGAUGUUCCUUUCAUUAGUUCUGUGUCAUGCCUUAUAAUCCAGAUAGAGGUGGAGCAAAUGGAAUAGAAGUUACUCCUAUAUGAACAACAUUGUGGCUGGGUUUCUUGGUUAAGUUUUUGUUUAUGUUUGUUUUUGUUUGUUUUUUUAACCUCUGAGAUAGAACUUAAAGGACAUGGAACAAUCUGUUGAAUGAUCUUCAGAAAAGUUAUUUAUGGAAUAUGAACUCACGUCAAAGACUUUCGUUGCUCAUUCCAGCCGAGUGAUUCAAUGAGCAGUAAGACACGCAAGCAUUUACUGGAAAGCACUUGGGUCAUGUUCUGUGCACAACCAAAGGAGCUUUGGGUGUGGCAUCGUGGAGCAUUGGAUAGGAUUAAAAGAUGUACACAUGUUAGUGUAAAACUGUUCUAACAAAGCAAAUAGUAUGGUAUGCUUGUGCAUUCUGCCUUCAUCCCUUUCUAUUUCCUUCUAAGUUAUUUAUUUAAUAGGAUGUUAAAUAUCUUUCGGGGUUUUAAAGAGUGUCCUCAGCAGCUGCCCUCUGACUGGCCUUUGCUUUUUCUUCAGCACACCACAGGCAUGUUCACGACAAAGUGAUUUCAGAACUUGGCAAACACUUCAAGAGUAGGAGAUGACAUUGUGAGUGCCCAGGGGCGAUCCGUUGACAUAGUCUGCACUUCUGCAAUGAGAACUGUCAACCUCCCACAUGACAGUGCUGGGGGCAUGGCUUGAGUGACAGAUGUCUGCCAUCAUUUAAAAACAUGUAUCACUGCUAAGGCUUUCUUUCCUAAGAAACAGACCAGAAGGCUAAAUGUGUCCCUUCCAAUACAUCCAUGGGUCUCCAGGAAUAUAUAAAAGAAGGAAAAUUGGUUGUUAAAUACACCUUAGUAGCCUAGCCUCAUUUUUUACUAACAAUUGUCUGCCACCUGUAGCAGUGGUAGAUGAUGACGAGGCUGUCUUCGUAUGUAAGUACCCUUUAUAAGUCCCCCUUGUGCAUAUCCCUCAAAGGAACUCUCGAGAUAUUUGGUACGAAGUGCAACUCUCCCAGGGGCUUAAUCUGAGCAAAGAUAUCCUGGUAUAUGUGUAACCAUAUGCUGAACAACCUGUUCAAGCUGUAUGAUCUAGUCUCUACAAAACCAAAUAAAACAUCUUUUCUGUAAAUUCAAAGAGCUUUGGAAGGUUCCAUAAUGUAACCAUAUCGAAAUUCAUUCUGUUAGAGCAGGUAUAGAAAACAGGACAUAAGAGUGUACCGGUCAACACACAUUGUACUCCACUAAAUAAAUACUUAAGCCUUAUUUGCAGUGUCUGUAGUGAUUUUAAAAAUGUAGAAAAAGACUAUUUGUUCUAACUAUUUCAAGUGAUAUAUAUAUAUAAGAGUAUAUUGAUGCUGCAAUUUUACCUUCAUACUUCUUGUUUUAAAAAGGCCUGUUUACUUUAUUGUUUGGACAUGGUAUUUUGGUACAAGAAAAAGACUCACUAAAUGUGUCUCUUUACUAAAGUUUAACUUCUAGAAAGGCUGGUGUUUUGUGACUUUUUCUUAUACCUUAAUUGUGUCAAUGUUUAACCAGCACUUCCAGUUAAUCUGUUAUUUAACAAUUAGCUUUAUUAAGAAACUUUCCCAUAAAGUAAUCCUAUAAAAGAUCUCAUUUUUUCUCAUUUUUU